AUGCAAAACAUCAGCAAAGCGGGAUGGUGUUCCAAGGAAGGCGGACUUAUUAAGUCUGUCAAGAGGAGAUGGUUCAUCCUCGAUGGCAAUGUUUUACAUUACUAUACCAAAGAUAGAGAAAAAGAAAAAGGUUCUAUUCAAAUUUCAGAAAACACGAAAGUUGGAAACGAUGAGUUCUAUAAAAUUCAGCCAUGCUUCACAAUAUCGAGCGGAAAACAAACUUAUAGGAUUUUCCCAGAUUCUAUGGAUGAUAGAGAUGAUUGGAUAAAAGUUAUCAGAAAACUCUGCGAUACAACAUUUGCUUCCGAGACGGAUGUUUACAUUUCCGCAAGCCAAGAGUUUUAUGAAAGAUUCCCAAUGGCUAGAUCCGCUAUUCGUAGAAUGAGAGCAGCAAGGCGUCACUCUGCCAACAUAUAG